UCUUGGAUUCAAUCAGAAGGCUUGAAAAUGCAGCCAAGGGGAAGAAUAGUUAUCGAGAUGUAUUCCAGAUGGAAACUAUUGCUGUUAGAAACAGGUUGAAAGACCUUUGUGAACGCAUGAUGUUUCUCAAUCCUGAAAACUAUGGCAGAAAAGCUGAAGAACUUUUAUGGAGAAAAGUAUUCUAUGAUGUUAUACAGUUAAUAAAACAAAAUAGAAAGCAUGUACGCGGAGGAAGUUCUCUGGAGUGUGCUUAUAGGACACAUCUGUCAUCAGCUGUGGGUUACUAUCACCAUCUACUUAAUAAAGUACAGAUUGAAUUCAAUAUAAAUGUGGAUGGUGUAGUGGACUGGAUACAUGUAACAGAUUCACAAACACACACAGACAAGAAAGAAAACAAAAAACCAGUAGACCCUAAAGCUGUCGAAUGGGCAAAGAACUGUUGCCAUCAUUGCUUGGUGUAUCUUGGUGAUCUUGCACGCUAUCAACAAGAUCAGGAUGGGUACAGGAGCACGGUUUUAUCCCAGCGUUACUAUCAUCAAGCCUUGUUAUGGAAUGCAGAUAUUGGUAUGCCACAUAACCAGCUUGGUACCCUGUCUGGUAACCGACACCAGAGUUGUGAUGCAGCGUAUCACUACAUGAGAUGUUUGAUGACAUUUUCUCCGUUUGAUGGUGCACAUGCCAAUUUGCAAAGAUUGCUGGAAAAAAACAGAAGACGAUACAAGGAAUUACCACAAUCUGACCUCCGAGAUUUACCACCAGAUCUACAAAGACCAAAAGAUAUAAAGAAACUUCUGAUAGAAUUUAUGUAUUUACUUGAUAUUCUGCAGCCAGACUCAACUGCUAGCACUGCUGAAAUAUCUGAGGUGUGUCAACGAGUCCUCCAUGAUUUCAACUUGUGUAUGUAUUACACACACAGCAACGGUGAUCAGCCAAUCAUGCCAUCUAUAAGAGGUGCUGAAGAUGACAAAGAACAGUUUAUACCAGAUGAUUUAGUCUUCAAGAUUGUUGUUAUGUGUUUGAUUACUAUUUAUAGACUACAAGAGACAGGUUCUGAGCAGGUUUCAGCCUCUAUAGCAUUUACAUUGGCAUUAUUUUCACAUGUAUUGAACCACUUAAAUUCUCGUAUUCAGUCAUCAUUGUAUGACAUGGAGCAUCCGUUAGCUAUCAUAGACAGUAAUGACAAAGAUGAUUCCGUGCUAUUAUGCAGUAGUGGGCAUGAAAGUGAAGAGGAUGACCAACUAACACCCCAGAGUACAGGUACCAUUACACCAGGCAAUAGUCAAGAUGUUACUUAUGGAAACAACUCACUAAAGAACAGAAAGAAACCACAAACCAAGAGAGUGCGAGCGAUACAUAAACUACGAAGACAGAGACGAGGACUGGAAGAUGAUUUAGAUCUAAGUGAAGGAGAAGAAGACUUAGGAAGCAGCCAAUCAGAUUACAGUGAUUCAGACAGUGAAUUGUCAGCAGAUGAUGUGCUUGUCUCGGAUUCUGACAGUGAGGAUGAAUCAUUGAUGGAGAGUCAGGAGUUGACGCCAGGUUUUGCCUCUCGUACUCACUUACUCAGUGAUAACCAUUAUCAAGAACCAUCUAAAGAAGAUAUCAGCAACAACGUUUCCCUUACUAAUAAUCUAAAAGACAUGUCAAACCAAUUGUUUUCACAGAAUCCAAGUGCUAGUUUCUUGAGAAGGAACAUUCGGUUGGCACCAACUUUUGAUGCAUAUGUUCUGGAUGCCAAGGCACAGGGAGAAAGCAAAACUAGUGAAGUGGCGAUAGAGGACGGCGAUAGAGGAGAACCGACAAAGGUGAUAACUGAAGAUCCUGAAGAUGAUGAAG